CCCAGCAGAAUUUGCAAACUGAAGAAGGAUCUAGUGACGUAGGGUGCAGUCUAGCCCGGCCGUGCUAUGGUGCUUACAUGGAACCUUCCUCCAUGUUAGUAUUCUAAGGACCAUAGACAUGGAACCUUGCUCCAUGGUAGUAUUCUAGGGACCAUAGCCAUGCCCAAAGUGGGCAAGAACCACAAUAGAGGCAUCAUCAUCAUCAUAUUCAUCAGCGCCAUCUUUUGCGUGAAACAAGUGUGAGAGAAGGGAGCCAACUGAGCCUACUGUACCUCGUACCUUGUCUAAGCAUUUCUUAGUCGGUGUGUGCAGAGCGUGUUUGUAAUAUGGAGGACCCCUCCUCGUCAAUAGCGACGGGGUCGCCCCGAACACGGCAAGGCGAUCGUGAUGGCCACGGAGUCCUGUGCGGCGACGUGUGCGACGAGGAGGAACUCUGCUCUAAGGCGGCCGUAGACUUCCUGCGUGCGUCUAGCGGUGAUCCAUUCCAAGAUGGCGAAGACGACGCCGUGUACGGCCGCAACGGCGAGUUUCUGCUCUCCAAAAAGCCUGACGAAUGGGCGCGCGGCGACGCGCUUGCGAACCUUGUGUUCGAGCUACGGGCGGGCGAUGACGACUUGUUCGGGGGAGCAGAGCGUCUGCUCUGUGCCCGCGAUCUCUUCGAGAAAGAAGAUGCCACCAAGGACGACACCACCACAAAGAACACCGAGGAGCCCGCUUCCGAAGAGCCGCAGGCCGGCACCCUCUUUUCAGGUGUGUCAACGGUGCUCCACGUUGCGAACCCGGCACCCAGUGCCCCUCGCCGGCGCUUCCCUUGCACCCUGGAGGGCUGUGAUCGGGUAUUUGAGCGCGGCCGCCAACUGCGGGUGCACCUCCUCAGCCAUACUGCCUGCAGGCCCUUUAAGUGUGCUGUAGACGGCUGUGACUGGGCUUUCGCCACAGAGUACAAGCUGAAGCGCCACAUGGAGACCCAUGAGGGCAAGAAGGAUUUCAUGUGUGAUGUGGAAGGCUGCGGACAACACUUCACAACAGUGUACAACCUGCGGGCCCACAUGAAGCUGCAUGGCCGGCCCACGUUUGGAUGCCUCUCGCCCGGCUGCCCUCAAGUAUUCGGCACUCGACGCAAGAUGGAGCUGCAUCUGCGAGAGCACCAAGAGCUGGCUGCACCUUACAGAUGUCCGGAAGAGGGCUGUGGGAAGGCGUACUACUCGUCCAACACUCUGGCUUCACACCUGCGUGUUCACCAGCAUCGGCCUGAGGAGCUGCGCUGCCCGUUUCAAGACUGCGGGCGGGCAUUUGGGCGUGCCUGCAAGUUACGACUCCACUUGCGGCAGCACACGGGCGAGCGACCUUACGCAUGCCCUGCGUGUGCCUGGACCUUUGCCAGUGCCAGCAAGCUGACGAGGCACAUGCGCAAGCACACUGGCGAUCGGCGUUACGUGUGCCCCGAACCCGGCUGCGGCAAGGCAUUCAUGCGGCCCGAGCACCUGCGCGGUCACUCUGUUGUCCACUCGGGUGGCCGCCCCUUUGCCUGUACGCACCCAGGGUGUUCAUCGCGUUUUGCGGCCAAGUCCAGCCUCUACGUUCACCUCAAGAAGCACACCCAGGCAGGAGCCAGUGCUGUCGAGUCACCGGAGCAGCAGCAGCAGUUGGUGUACGGAUGCCCUGUGGGGAACUGCUCCCGCCGUUUCCCCUCCCGCACUGCCCUGAGGCAGCACAUCGAGCACUCCCAUUCGCUGCUCGUCAUUGCUGAUGGGUCAUCUCAGGAAGAAGACGAUGCUGCUAUUGCAUCACUGUCCAGCCCAAGCCGCCCUUCGAGCCCUGACCUGAUCCCCCGACUGGUACAGGAGAACCAGAGUGGCUCUGCACGCACAGAUUUUGCCAGCCAUCAUAAUUGGCGCUCGUCCCACCGUAACAAUCUCUUGCCUGGUGCUAUUGAUGUGGUCCUAACGUCGUCCGCUGCCGCUCUCAUGCAACAGGAUGAGAGCCCUGGAGAUUUAUACUCUGAGCUGGCCGUGCUGGCCGAACACACUGCCACGUCAGACAUAGGAGCUACGAUCCGGUUGCAGGACUUGGACUGAAACUUUGCUCAAGCCGAUCCCUCCCUCUGUAAUUGUGCAUUUUAAUAAAAGGCUUUGUUUGGUUUUGUGAC